CGGCUCCAUUUCCUCGGCCUACAAACGGGUUUUCCCUUCAAUGUCACCGUCAGAAAGCAAGAAGAAGAAGAAGAAGAAGAAGCAGGAAAUCGAUGAUGAUUCAGUCGAAGAUGGAAAAGGCCUUGAUCAAACCAAGGGCGUUCGUGUUCUUGCUGCUUCUAUGCAUCUGCAGUUCAAUUGCAUCAACUUCUUCGACCACAAUGCACACCAACAAUUGGGCCGUCUUGGUCUGCACUUCUCGCUUCUGGUUCAAUUAUCGUCAUAUGGCGAAUACUUUAUCCUUGUACAGAACAGUGAAAAGACUGGGAAUACCUGAUGAGAGGAUAAUACUUAUGUUGGCUGAUGAUAUGGCUUGCAAUGCUCGGAACAAAUACCCUGCCCAGGUCUUCAACAAUGAAAACCACAGACUUAACUUGUAUGGAGAUAAUGUUGAGGUUGAUUAUCGAGGGUAUGAAGUAACAGUUGAAAACUUUUUGCGAGUUCUAACAGGGCGUCAUGAGACUGCAGUUCCAAGAUCCAAACGACUUUUGAGUGAUGAAGGAAGCCAUAUACUUUUAUAUAUGACUGGACAUGGGGGAGAUGAAUUUCUAAAAUUUCAGGAUUCAGAGGAGCUUCAGAGUCAUGAUUUGGCUGAUGCAGUGAAACAAAUGAAGGAAAAGUCCAGAUUUAAGGAGCUGUUGAUAAUGGUAGACACUUGCCAAGCUGCUACUCUGUUUUCUCAGCUUCGUUCUCCUGGUGUUUUGGCUAUUGGGAGUAGCAUGAAAGGAGAAAACUCUUACUCACAUCACUUGGACUCUGACGUUGGUGUCUCUGUUGUGGAUCGUUUCACAUUUUAUACCCUUGCUUUCUUUGAAAGGCUAAAUAUAUAUGAUAAUGCUUCAUUGACCAGUCUUUUCAGUUCAUAUAACCCAAGUUUGUUGAUGUCCACUGCAUAUUACCGAAUAGAUCUGUAUGGGAGGAAGUUGGAGGAGGUUCCAGUAACAAACUUCUUUGGUUCAGUCAUGGAAACUAUUCACACUGAUUCAAGUUAUAGAGCCUUCUCUGGCAGAGACCCCAAGAGUGCAAAAAUUGAAAUUUCAUCUGAUCGAUCAGAUGAGCUGCAUGAGCAGAGAACAAUACUAAGUUCAGCUGCCCAGCAACAAAUGAAUGACUCAAGCAGGAAGGCUGAUUGUCCUUUUACACGCACGAUGGCUAGAUUUCAUGAAAAGAUGGAAAAGAUUGAAGAUGUUGACACCUUGGUCAACUAUGGGUUAGUAUUAAUGCUGCUGUUGGUGGCAGUUCCCACUUGGCUAUCAUGAUGAAGGUACCAUUUUUCUUGUGUGUGCAACCUCAUGGGGCGUUCAAGACUAUAUAGAUGAUGAAUUGCUUGGAACCUUUCAGCAUUCAGCAAUCAAUAUUUAACUUAACAGAAUUGACCCUGGUGCUGAAUUUGGGAUCUAACCAUCUGACUUGCUGCCUUUGGCAUACUUGUCAUGCUUCAUUCGGAAUUCUGUUACAGGAACCACAAGACCUCCAAGAACAGAUUGCUCUUGUGAAUUCACAUGAUCGACGACGACGAAACCAUUGAUCAGUAGUGUCGGGGCUAGAGAAGGUAGGUGAUCGGCAAUCAUCCAUCUUGUACCACCAUUAUGUUGUUUUUUCAAGAAUGCAACAGGUACAGGUGAAGAUAUUCAGACCUGAGAUGUACUGAAUUGAUGAUCUAUUUGGUUGUUGACUACUUACUGCACAAGGUAGAAAAAUUCGGGUUGCAAGGAUCCAAUCAUAUGGAAAGAAGUAGUUGCCGCUGCCUAUAAUCAUUGUUUAAUAUGCUAACUCGUUGUCGACAUCCUCACUUAUGCUACUCUUACCUCAUGGGCUAUAUAAUGGUGUUAAAAUAUCUAAAAUAUCAUUCACCCAAAAUAAUGAAGUGAGACGGUGAGGCGACGUAAAGUGGUGAGACGCAUGACUAAAAUACCCUUCACCCAAGACGGUGAGAUGUCAUGAGACGAUGAGGCGCGGUGAGGCAUAAGAGAUAUUUUAGUCAUUUAUGAUGUAUUGUGUAGCUCAUGAGGUAACAAUAGCAUGACCCCUCACUUAGUUAUGUCAAUUGAUCAUUUAUGGUGGUGACCGGUUAUUUAG